GCCUUAUAAAAUUACCUUCGGCCAGACCCCAAACGUCGAGGCGGUCGGCUAAAAGGAGGCAGUAAGUACUGCCGCAGGCGGUUCCGAACAUUCAAUUCUCACAAGCCAUUGGGGCGCACAGCACUGAACAGACCCACUUCAAUUUUCACGUUAACCCACGGCGUCCAUGGCUGUCCUCCACGGAUAAGUAUAUAGUCUGAACACUGGUCCUGAGACUGCUUUUAUCCCGCGCUCAUUGUUUCAAUUGCAAUCCAGUCUCGGUCCGACGAUCUUGUCCAGCCUGAGAACGGGCCGCCCCAUUCUUUCAAAUCCAAUACUUCCCUGUGAGCGUGCCAGCUUGCCAAGUGACUACCGGGUUUGCACUUGAAUUCACUGUGUUGCCAACUUGAAGUCGUUGCAAUAGGAUCUACGCCUCCUCAGACGACAAGAUGGCCAGCGACUCGACGAGCCGUCGCUCCACAUGCUCAUCAACGCCAUGGUCGCUCCCUCCUCUCAACCUCUCGGGAAUAUCCUCGUCGCUUUCACGUGCCAGUAUCGUUUCGAUGGUCAAAGGUCCACCAGUGGAGGAGAUAUAUGGCUUGCUGCAUUUCGUGACGAGCGAUGACGAUCGCAUGCUGUCCCAUUCGAUAAACCCUGCUGCGCCGAUCGAUCUGAGUGUGUAUCUUGGUGGUGACCAACCGGAUUGGAAAUCCCAUAUGAGAAAGCUGAGAGAAGAGUAUCCACUGAUCGUAUUCUCGAAGGUUCUGAUGCUGUGUCUGCAUCAGUCAUAUUGCCCAUUCUCAACGAAAGCUAAGAAGUUAUUGGAGUCGUAUAAUCUUUCUCCUCCCCCUAAAAUCAUCGAAGUUGAUCUUCGAGAUGAUUGGGACUUUAUAAAGCUCAUCCUUACCCGUCUCACCGAGCAUUCUACGUUCCCAAACAUCAUCCUGAAUGGAGAGGGACUCGGCGGAAGCGACGACUUGCACACGUUGCGUGCACAAGGCAAGCUGAAGAAGAUGUUUGAGAAUGCGGGGAUGACGGUAAGGGAAGAUAUCGUGAAGGAGCGAGAGACGCAAUAGAGUUAUGGGGUGUCCACGUCAUCAUAUGUGAUGAAACCAGUGAGAUGUGCUUGAAAUCGAACGCUGUAUUGUUAACAUCUACAUAUUUAUGUGUACUGCUAUUAUGCUGUUUUGUUCAUCCGAGUAGGGGUUUGCGGUGGAACUAUUUGUGGGUUUUAUGUGACCUAUAAUGCAACUGCCAAUUCACCGGUUAUACAUGUGUCCAAGAGCAU